AUGCUCCCUCAAUUUGGAGCCUCUUCCUCUUCUUCCACAUCCCAGUCAUGGACCCACGAUGUUUUUCUGAGUUUUAGAGGUUAUGAUACACGCAAUGGUUUCACAGGCCAUUUGCACAGAAAUCUGGUUCAUAGGGGAAUUAAAACCUUCAUUGAUGGCGGGCUUAAAAGAGGAGAAGAAAUAUCAUCUGCUCUUCUUAGAGCAAUCGAAGAAUCAAAAGUUUCUAUCGUUGUUUUCUCUAAAAAUUAUGCUUCGUCACAGUGGUGUUUGGAUGAACUGGUGAAGAUUGUUCAAUGUAAGGAAUCAAAGCAACAAAUAGUUUAUCCUGUUUUUUACAAGAUAGAUCCAUCGGAUGUACGAAACCAAAAGGGUAGUUUUUAUGAGGCAUUUGCUGAGCAUGAAAGCAGAUUCGAAAAUGACGCGGAGAGGGUGACUAGAUGGAAGACAGCUCUUACAAAAGUAGCAAAUCUGUCUGGGCAACACUUGUCUGAUGAGGGGUACGUUCCUAACUACGCUGUUUAUUGUAUUUAUUUGUUUUCUUGA